GGGUUGGUAAGCUGAAGAGUAGAAGCUUAAGGUUGGGAAGAGAGAGAUGAACACCGGGAACAAAUGGGUAGCAACCGUCGCAAGCAUAUGGAUCCAGUGCACCGGUGGCUCCUCUUACGCCUUCGGUAUUUAUUCACCCGUCCUGAAAUCCAGUCAGAAUUACGACCAAUCCACCCUCGAAUCCAUUGCGGUCUUCAAAGAUAUCGGAGCUAACGCUGGUCUUCUCUCCGGCAUACUUUACUCCGCCGUCGCAAUCCCUUCUUCACCUUCUCAUUCUUCUUCUUCCUCCGAUUAUGCAAUUGGUGGGCCAUGGGUUGUUCAUGCGACCGGAGCGAUCCAGUGCUUUAUUGGUUACCUCUUUAUGUGGCUUUCGGUUAUCGGAGUCAUUCCUCGCCCUCCUGUCCCGCUCAUGUGCUUCUUCAUGUUUCUUGCAGCUCAUGCUCAGACCUUCUUCAACACUGCCGAUGUCGUCACAGGUGUUCAAAACUUCCCUGAUUAUAGUGGCACCAUCGUCGGCAUCAUGAAGGGCUUUCUUGGUCUGAGUGGAGCAAUACUAAUUCAAGUUUAUGACACAAUAUUUGAGGGAAAUCCAAGCUCUUUUCUUCUCAUGCUUGCACUGUUACCAACCAUUGUCCCCUUCAUACUCAUGUCUCUUGUGAGACUCUAUCAUACCAACACAGGAAAUGACAAGAAGCACUUGAAUGAUUUCUCAGUUAUUGCUCUUGUUACUGCUGCUUAUCUUAUGGUCAUAAUUAUUUUGGAAAACGUCGUAAGUCUCAAAUUGUGGGCACGCAUACUCACAUUUAUAGUCCUCCUCCUUUUGCUUGCCUCCCCUCUUAGCAUUGCAAUCCGAGCCCAGUUGAGAGAUAGCCAAAGUUUAGUGCAGACUUCAUCACUUGAGAGGACCCGAGAUCCUGUUGGUUAUCAUGAGGUUCCCAGUGAUGUGGAUAAAAAAUUGAUUACCAAUGAUAAGAAGAAAAUUCUAGGGGAAGAAGACUUGAAUCUCUUGCAAGCCAUGCGCACAGGGAACUUCUGGAUGCUGUUCAUUGCCAUGGCAUGUGGUAUGGGCUCGGGACUGGCCACUGUAAAUAACAUCAGCCAAAUAGGAGGAUCUCUUGGUUAUAGUAGCGUGGAGACGAGUACUUUGGUUUCUCUGUGGAGCAUCUGGAAUUUUCUUGGCCGUUUUGUAGCUGGGUACGUAUCUGAUUAUUUCCUGCAUCUGAGAGGUUGGUCAAGGCCAUUAUUCAUGAUCAUUACUCUAGCAUCCAUGAGCAUUGGCCAUGUAGUGAUUGCCUCUGGGCUGCCUGGGGCUCUAUAUGCUGGCUCAGUAUUGGUGGGUGUUUGUUAUGGUUCACAGUGGUCAUUGAUGCCAACCAUCACCUCAGAGAUAUUUGGUGUUCGGCAUAUGGGUACCAUAUUCAACACCAUCUCCAUUGCAAGUCCAGUUGGAUCUUAUAUUCUAUCUGUGAGGAUAGUUGGGUAUAUUUAUGACAAGGAAACAGCUGCUGGUGGGAGCACAUGCAGUGGAACUCACUGCUUUAUGUUAUCAUUUUUCAUUAUGGCAUCAGUUACCCUUAUGGGGUCUGUUGUUGCCUUCGGAUUGUUCUUGAGGACAAGAAAGUUUUAUAAACUGGUUAUAUGCAGAAGACUACAACAUCUUGCAAGCCAUGAGGAGGGAAUUUGAUUGCUGGUUGAGGAUAAUAACCACAACAAUGUUCCUCUUAUAUCCUUGUUGUCUGCCAGUCAAUGUUAUAUAUUGUGCAGAGUUAAGUAUCCCAUUUGCUGGUAUAUUGAGGAACAUAAAAUGUAUUGUAAUGUUGGUCUUUCUUCCAUAGCAAGAUUUUUUAUUAUUAUUUAAUUUUGGACAGAUAUGAGUUGAGCUUAUUUCAGCAAUGAAAAGUUAAUUAAGUUCUUCUUCCCAAUGUAUGGAAAUUAUGAGAUUCUUGGCAAUAUUGUUUUCUAAAGUACUUACUGGGAUGACAAUUUUUGAAAUUUCAUUCCAGAAAUUAUAGUUUUAUCAAUACAUUCAAUAUAUUAAGUUGGUAUUGUUAUCUCUUCCA